UAAAAACAGAGUAGAUGCUGGAUUCCUGAGGAAGUAGCUGCCAUUUCCUGUUCAAUCAAGAGGCACAAGGAGACCGUCUGAUAAGAAGAGGAACACCCCUUUACCACCAGCACUGCCUGAAACACAAAGAGGUUGCCUUCCUCAAACUCCACCUCCACUGUCCUCCUGACCACCCUCCUGGCCCCCCGGUCUCCCUGGGCCUAUCUUAAUUUUACAGCAGUGAGCCAAAAUUUCUGAGGAUGGACACCAGAGCCGCCAAACGUCUGCUGCUCUUCACCAGCCUGCUCCUCUUCUGGCGAUGUGCCAGAGGUGACCUGUCAUAUACCAUCGACGGCGUUGGUUUAACAAUCUACCCCAGCAGAACAGUAGAGAGUGGAACGGCGGUGACUUUACGGUGCGAGGCCAAAGUCAGUCACGACCCCUCCCUGCAUCUGAUGUACAACUUCCAGUUUAUCCGCUAUGAUGUUCCUGUGCACUCAGCCGCCACCUCAAACAUCUCCGCCCUGUAUAACCUCACGCCUGCCAGGGCGGCUGACUCCGGAACCUAUGAAUGUCGGGUCUCAGUCAAGGAAAAGAGCAAAACAAGCGAUGCUGAAAUGCUCACAGUCACAGGGUUGCAGACGCCUGUUCUGCUGUUGAGUAAGAUCACACUCUACGAGAGUCAGGAGAUCACAGCCACCUGCAGCGCUCCCGAAGAGAAAGGACUCCUCAUCUUCCGCUUUUACCAAGAGUUCAUGCCUACAGGGGCAGAAAUGAUCAAACAGGUGGCACCCACCAAGAACUCAUCAGAGACUAAACUGGUCCUGAGGCGGAUUGGAGACACAUACCUGUACUGUGACUACGAGCUCGCCAUGCUUCCUGCAGCUGGACGCUCUAACACCAGCAACAAGAUUCAAGUGGCUGUCAGAGCACUCUACAUUUCGCCAACAAUGAAUAUUCUACCCUCCACUACCGUCUAUGAGGGUGAAAUCAUUGAGGUGGUGUGUAAAGUAAUCGCGCCCCCUGAGAAUGUACAAGUGUUCCUGACUAAGGACAGGAAGAUCCUCAAGAAAGCCUCCAUGAGCUUGAAUCAUCGAAUUACGGCAAAAACAGAGGACUCCAGGGAGCUCGUGUGCAAAGCAGAGUUGGACAACACACAGAAAGAAACCAGAAAAACAAUCACAGUCAAAGAGGUGUUUUCAAGACCACAGCUGAAGGUGGAGCCGGCUGAAGUAUUUGAGGGAGAACGUUUCACGCUAACCUGCUCUGUCACCAUUUAUGAUCACAGCAGGAUCACCAAUGACACGCUGCGCUACUCCAUCUUCAAGAAUUCCACGCAACUCACGAACACAACCACAUACAGCGUGGUGGCAGGGCCGGCUCAGAAUGCACAGUACACAUGUAAAGUCCAGACGGUCUCGCUGAUGAACAGCUUUGUAAAAGAAAGCUCCUCUGUUGUUGUUGAAGCCAAAGUUCCUGUUUCGGAGCCUGUGCUGAGUGUGGUUGGGGAUGUGCUCGUGGUAGGAAAGCCCUUUCUCCUGCUUUGUCACAGUGACAGAGGGAGCCUUCCAAUUACAUACGUGCUGUACGGCCCCAACAGGCAGCACCACACCAGAGUGGUGACAAAGGCGGGCGAUCAAGCCACUUUCAACACCUCUGCCAUCUACAAGAGAGACGACAUCCUCAAAUUUCUUUGCCAUGCGAAAAACAAUGCAUUUAUACCCUCGAAGAUAAGCUCGGCAGAGAAGCUGCUACGCUCAACCGUCAUCAUAGAGCCUGUGUCCAAACCACAGCUGACUACAAUCCCCAACACAGAGCACAUCGCAGAAGGCCAGGACGUGACCUUUACUUGCACCGUACAGAGAGGCACGCCUCCCAUCAACUUCACCUGGUACCACUCUGACAGAGGGGGCGUGCUCGCAUUCAAGUCCUCCCCCGAACUGAAAGAAUCUUACAUCAUCAAAGGUGUCAAAGAGGAGCACGCUGGAAAAUACUACUGCAUGAGCACCAACCAGGCAAACGAGGUCAAACAGAGUUACACCGUCAACAUUGAAGUGACGCUGGCUGGCUGGAAGAAAGGCGUGAUCGCAGUCGUUUGCAUCCUGUUUGUGGUCGCCUGUAUCCUCGUUGUCGCCUUUAAAAAACGUCAUCUUACAUUUAAGAGGAAAAGACAGCUUGACCUUUCAGGGAAGCCCAAACCAGAGGAAGUGAGUCUGACCCAGGCAGAGGUCACUGAGGCUGACAAUGCCACUCCACAGGUGAUGGGAAAAACUGUUUGGAGUGAGCAUGUAUCAGCAUCUGAGUCUGAGGAUCAGAAAAAUGUGACCCUGCCAGAAAACCCAGAAGUACAGAGCACUGAGGUGCAGACCGAAGACGGAGAUUCUGAUGCAGUUCCACAGGAGAGCAAAGAAACGACGCACAGCAAAAAACGGAACUCCAGGCAAUCUGGAGUAUACAACACUGAUGGUCAGGAAUCAGUUGAAUACGUCCAGCUGAAUCAUGAUACGGACCCCAACGGGGACCAGGAGAUCCACGGUGAGCACGGUGUCCAAGAGGACCACGUGGCUGACAAUGAGAACAUUCCUGAUGCUGACACUGCAACCAAUGGAGAAUGAAAACAAGCUUCAAAAAAUAUUUCAAAACUACUGUCCCACUGUACCAACAAAAAAAAAGAA